AUGAGAUUGCAAAGACUGAAACAAAAGAAAAAACAACUUGCGGCACGAUUUAAUUGCAACAACAACAAUAAUAACAAUGCAAAAUUUGCGAUUACCGAAACUGAUAAAUCUUCCCUUUUGGAGGCAAAAAUGGCCCAAAAGAGAAAGAAUCCAUUUGCCAAAUCAUCAGAUAAUGCCAAAAAACCGAAAACAGAUGAGUCUGAAGAUUCGUUAAUGGGAUUCAUCAGUUCUCCAGCUGUACCCAAAGCGGAGGCAUUUGUCAAAGAAACACCAACUCGUCCACCUCCAGCGAAAUUAGUUCUACAGCCGUUUGAUGCGAACGCAUUUUCUAAGUUAUUACAGCAAUCCGCCACUGGUCCUGAGGAUGAUGAUGCUGUGGUUGUGGAGCAGAAUAUAACAAAACACUUGCCCAUGGACUGGAGUAUAAAAACCCGAGUUCGUUUCUUUUGUUGUACAGACUUGCCAGCAACCCAGCUAAAGACCAGUCAAUUGGCCAGUGGGCUUACGAGUUUCGUACGUUGCUUAGACACACAGAAGGAAGAGGAAAAUGGCCUUGAUAUUUCACCAGCUACAAGAUUUAAUCAGGCAACUUACUAUUGGCAACACCCUCAUAUUCCGUGGAUGACAUUAUUCCCCCGUAAUGCUCGUGAAAAUGCUGGAAUUACUAUUGGGGAACGUGAACGAAAAGCCCUUGCCGAAGAUUGGGAUUACAGUUUCCGAGGGCUGUUUCAAUUGUUGCGGGCUAGGCAAUGUGCUUACUUCUACCUAUGUGCUAAUGGCUUCACAGUUCUUUUUCGAGCAGCUGGAACAGGUGGCAGGGCGGAAAUCCAUGCUCUGAUGUCACCAUCAACAAGAGGUAUGCGUCAUGCUUUACGCCAAGAGGGUAUUGAAUACACUAUGCCCUUAAAGAAAGAUAGCGAAGGUAAUAAUGAGAAGGAAGAGAAACUUUGUAAUGGAGAUAAUGCGGAGGACGACAACGAUGCAGAUGAUGAUAACGACGACGAUGAUGAGGAAGAAGGUGAUGACUGGUUGCACAGUCUGGGUGUAGACGAAAAAGAAAUACGUAAAAUCCAAACAGCUCAUAAACGUAAAUUAAAAGCUCAGGAAAUGUCUGAAGAUUUUAGCGAUAAUUCACUGCUGCUUAUAGAGGGCGUUGAAUGUCAAGGUUUCUUCAGUUUCCUGCUCAAUGCAAAGAGUACAAUAAGUUCUAUUGGUCGUCUGGCUGGGGUACCGCCGACCUUAUUAUCGCCUGUUGCAUUUCCUAAGGCGACAAUGAUGCAUUUAAAUACACGCUCUAGUAAGGUUCGAAUGGAUGGUGUCGACUACUGUAGCAUUGAGGUAAAGGGUACAAUAUUGCCAUCUUUUCUCCCCUACGUGUGCCACCUGCUCGGCGAGACCAAAGAUACAUUCAGUGCAACACUGGCCUCAACGAUGAGUACAAUAGCGUUUAGUAAAGCAACACACAAAUUACUAGUUGAUGAUUCUGCUGGCCAGAAUCAAGACAAGAAAGAUGAAUCGGACCAGCAACACAAUGCCGACGUAGAAAAUGCGGCUGGUCAAGUAUUUGGCAAAGAAAAUCUUUCAGAUUGUGGCCUGCAACCGUAUGUCGUGGAAAACAUGUGCCGGACUGGCACUCAGGCUGUUACAAUUUUAGAACGUGUAUGUUAUGAUAAAGAGUAUGGUUUUGCGUGGAGCUAG